AUGCACAAGCAAGUAACAUCCUCACUACUCCGGAGGUCCUUCCUUCUUUCCAGGGGUAGUACCAAUGGCAGGACACCAUCUUCACUUCGUGGUGCAGGUGCAUCCCUCCUCACCACCACCACCAUCAUCCCCCUUCAACAACCCCAACCCCAACAUCAACCUUACACCCAUCAACAUGUCCAAACCCGCCACUACUCCUCCCACUCUCCCAUGGGCCUCCCGCCCACCACCCCUCGCAAAAAGGUGACGCUCAGCAAGCUGCAGAGCAUGUACAAGAAGGGCGAGAAGAUCACCAUGAUCACGGCGCACGACUUCCCUUCGGCGCACGUGGCCGAGCACGCGGGCAUGGACAUGGUGCUGGUGGGCGACAGCCUGGCCAUGGUUGCCCUGGGCAUGGAGGAUACGAGCGAGGUGUUGGUGGAGGAGAUGUUGCUGCAUUGUCGGAGCGUGGCGAGGGCGACGACGAGGGCUUUUACGGUCGGCGACAUGCCCAUGGGCUCCUACGAAAUCUCCCCCCAACAGGCCCUCUCCACCGCCAUCCGCUUCAUCAAAGAAGGCCGCAUGUCCGCCGUCAAGCUCGAGGGCGGCGCCGAGAUGGCCCCCACCAUCCGCGCCAUCACCACCGCCGGCAUCCCCGUGCUCGCACACAUCGGGCUCACUCCCCAGCGCCAAAACGCCCUCGGCGGCUUCCGCGUGCAAGGCAAGUCCAAAGAAUCCGCCAAGCGGCUGUUGCGGGACGCCCUUGCCGUGCAGGAAGCCGGUGCUUUCGCCAUGGUCGUGGAGGCUGUGCCGCAGGAGGUUGCCAGCUUUAUCACGGGUCUGCUCAAAGUUCCAACGAUUGGGAUCGGGGCUGGUAAUGGCACGUCCGGACAGGUGCUGGUGCAGGCGGACAUGACGGGGAAUUUCCCUCCCGGAAGGUUUUUGCCCAAGUUUGUGAAGAAGUAUGGGGAUGUGUGGGGUGAGGCGCUGAAGGCUAUUGAGAGUUAUAGGGAUGAGGUUAAGGGGGGCAGUUAUCCGGCGGAGGAGCAUACGUACCCGAUGCCCAAGGAGGAGGUGGAGGCGUUUGUGGGGGAUGUGAGGAGGUUGAUGAGUGCGAAUGCGUCGGAGACUGAGGGUGAGAAGGAUGCGUGA